GCUCUCACCCAGCCCCUCUGUGGGGGCUCCUGCCCAGGAUAAAAGGGAAGGGAGGCGGCCCAGGCUCCUAUCUCAUCUCACAGAUGCCACGUCUCUUGGUUUCUUCUCAGAUCACUCCUCUGACAAGGAUCCCAACAAGACAACAUGGCUCCCAAGAAGCCUGAGCCUAAGAAGGAGGCCGCCAAGCCAGCUCCAGCUCCAGCCCCUGUGCUAGCCCCUGCCCCAGCUCCUGAGCCUCCAAAGGAACCUGCUUUUGACCCCAAGAGUGUAAAGAUAGACUUCACUGCUGACCAGAUUGAAGAGUUCAAAGAGGCCUUUUCACUGUUUGACCGGACCCCGACUGGAGAGAUGAAGAUCACCUACGGGCAGUGUGGGGACGUGCUGCGGGCCCUGGGCCAGAACCCCACCAACGCCGAGGUGCUGCGCGUGCUGGGCAAGCCCAAGGCUGAAGAGAUGAAUGUCAAGAUGCUGGACUUUGAGACGUUCUUGCCCAUCCUGCAGCACAUCUCCCGCAACAAGGAGCAGGGCACCUAUGAGGACUUCGUGGAGGGCCUGCGUGUCUUUGACAAGGAGAGCAAUGGCACGGUCAUGGGCGCUGAGCUUCGGCAUGUCCUUGCCACCCUGGGAGAGAAGAUGACUGAGGCUGAAGUGGAGCAGCUGUUAGCUGGGCAAGAGGAUGCCAAUGGCUGUAUCAAUUACGAAGCCUUUGUCAAGCACAUCAUGUCAGGAUGAGGCAGUCUUCCAGGUGCCUGGCCCUUGGCCUUAGCCAUACCAGGGUGAGUUAGAGAGAGGUCCCGGAUGUGAGCUGAGACAGAGUCCUGGACUUAUCACCACGCCAUUGCCCCAAGGACCUCACAGCCCCUCCCUGUUAAUAAACAGCUCCAAAAUGGCCAGGCUGGGCCCUGGGAUUCUGA